CCAGAGCCCGGUAAAAGUAGCUGAUUGGCUGCUGUUCUCACAGCCAAAACACAACAGAAAUUAUUCUAGCUACGAACGGUGAAGUACAGACAGAAUCAUGAGUCUCAGAAAGCAGACCCCCAGUGACUUUCUGAAGCAGAUCAUUGGCAGACCAGUUGUGGUCAAGCUCAACUCUGGAGUGGAUUACAGAGGUGUCCUAGCCUGUCUGGAUGGCUAUAUGAACAUUGCAGUGGAGCAGACAGAGGAGUAUGUCAAUGGCCAGCUGAAGAACAAGUAUGGUGACGCCUUCCUGAGAGGAAACAAUGUGUUAUACAUCAGCACCCAGAAGAGGAAGAUGUGAUGCAGAGGAUUUGUCCCUUUUUUAUUUUUAACCCUGACGUUGUUCCAGUUGAUUAUGUUGUAUGAGAACAUUGUUGUUCGUAUUGUUUAAUGUCUCUGAGCUGAAGAGUGUUUCGAUUUUUGUAAAAAGGAGAACAAUCCAAUAAAUGUUUUUGGAAGUUUAA